CAUGAAUGAGUGACUGUAAGCACAGAAAAUGAUUGUUUUACUAUUUGUUAUAACAUUGAGCAUCGUCGUAUCAACCUGCAGUGAAUCAUCUAAACUGGUGGUCGGACAGGUUGGGGAUACAGUUACUCUUCCAUGUAAAUAUGACAUUGACGCACAUGGCAUAUUAAACAUUUGUUGGGGGAGACACCAGUCAUGGUUCAGCUGUAAGAACACUGUUAUCACCACCGAUGGCUUGCAUGUGAACUACAGAGAGUCGCAUAGAUUCAACUUGGCCAGUGAACUCAACCGAGGUGAUGUUUCACUCACUAUCAGGGUUGCUCAAAAAAGGGAUGCCGGGCUGUAUGUGUGCCGUAUCGAGAUCCCUGGACCUUUCAAUGACAUUAGAUACAAUGUUUAUCUGUUCAUCAGCAAUGGACUGGAGAUGGAUACAAAGAGAGUCAUCUCAGAUACACAACUGGACCCAAUGACAAAGCAGGAAAAGCAAGUUUACUAUGUAUCGGACCCAACCACAAUCAUUCCUGAGCUAUAUAUUACAUCAGAAGAGACAACUGCAGAUGUUACUGAUGUCUACAUUAGUGAGCCCGAUGCAGUUGUCCAUACUGAGGAAACAAUGGAAAUAUUUGUCAUAAGUACUGUCAGAGUGGGAGCCAUUGUCUUCGUCCCUGGAUUAAUCAUCAUACUUCUGUUCAGACUGCGGUGCUCCAGAGAACACACCACCAGCUGCAGCGAAUUUUAAACAUUGCCAUGUGAUGUAGUCAGGAUUCGACUGUGAAUGGAGCACAUAAUGAUAUGUUCUCUGUACCUAAUAUUUAUAAAAUAACUGAUCAGGAGACUACUGUAUAAACUUACUCUUGAGUGAAAUGUGAAAUAUUAAAUAACUUACAUACAGUGAGGUUGUUUAAAAUUUCCUCAGUGAAAUAUGUAGAAAGUGGAACAAUGUUUUUUAUGUCUGGUAUGGAAGUCUUUUUGAGAAAAGGCAUACCACACAACAGCUUGAUUCAACAGUGGCCUCUAGAGGUGUUGUAUCAAAAGUUCGAUCUAAGUAAAUAAAUGUAUACAUAAAUAAAAUCCUAACAGACUCAGAUGUGCUUAUUUGUAGCAUCAUUGCAUUGUUCCAUUUUUUUUUUUUUUUUUUUUUUUUUUUUUACAG